AUGGAUUCGGCCACUCAAGUUGAAACGCAGUCAGAGUUUCGUCUGCACCAGCUGCGCCUCCAGAACUUUAAAAAGUUCGAGGAUAUCACGCUCACCCUGACACCCAGCCCCAAGAUUAUCGUUGGCGCGAACGGCUCGGGCAAGACGCAAGUCCUCUGGGCAAUUCUCAUCUUCCUGCGCGGCCACAACUCCCGUGUCCCCAGCUCCAAGCACUUCAGCAAGGAUGUUUUCCGAUUCGAAGAUGAGCUGGAAGACCUCUUUGGUGAUCGGUUCUUUAGAAAUAAGUAUCAGUCGCCAGAUACGCUCGUUCGCGUCGGCGCGCGAAACAAGAAAUUCACCCUGACUGGCACGUUUCUUGACCCCACGUACCAUCACACCAACGAGAACGUGAUGCUGGAGUACUCGCUGGACAAAGGGCUGCUUCAAGGCAAACCCGACAACCACCAGUCGCUCGCCCCAAUCCGCUUCGCCUUCAUGCCACCGACUUAUCUGUGGGGCGACCGUGCGCAAGAACUACACAGAGAUGAGCCGUUCCUGACCGCUGGCGUUCAGUAUCUACGCUGGCGCGUGUUUCAGGCAAAAGAUUUCGUGAACGAUGGACUCCGUCAUCUCGGUUUCCAGGCCACGGUCAUGACACCAAACGAAGAAACCGAAGAUGGACCUGCAAUUACCACAGUCACCGAGAACGGCGUCCCCCUCGACAUUGGUGCCUGUGCCGGCUCCCUUCAGAAGAUCAUUGCCAUCCUGACACUCCUCUACCAUCUGACGCCUGUCGCAAAUGCCAAAGCUGCCAAAAAAGACAAAAGGCUGAGCCAGAACCAGCAUACCUUCAAGCAGCGCAUCUUCCUCAUCGACGAGCUCGAGGCACUGCUCUAUGAAAAUGUGACAGCCAAGCUGUAUGACUUUCUCGUCAGCACGUGCGCCAAGCACAACAUUCAGCUCAUUGUCGCGACCAACUCGCGCGCCAUCAUCGAUCCGCGCUUGAAGACGGAUCAACAGAUUAUGUUCCUCAAUCCGGAUGGCAAGGCCGUCGAGCUGACAGGCGAACUGCCCAAGGACGAUCAAGGUCAACCUUCCCUCUAUCCAAUCCUCAACGCCCUCAGCCAGGUCAAGAGCAGCAAGCCACUGCUCGUGUUGGAAGGCACGAACGACCAGGCGUUCUACAGCAAGUACACGACCCUCGGCCAGCACUUCCACUUUCUGACCACGUCAGGUGCCGUCAACAAGCAGAAUCUUUCCAACAUUCUGACGCAGGCCAAGCUCAAGCACGUCUUUCUCAGAGACAGUGACAUGUACGCCGCUUCGCCCGAUCUCCCAGCCGCCCAGGCUCGGAUCACACAAGUUGUUGGCGCGCCCGUCAUCUACACGCUGCUGCCGUGUAUUGAGUCGUACUUGAUUCUGCACCGACUGCUCAAGAGCGUGGACGUAGACGCACUCCGUGUCAGAACGAUUCGGGCCCUUCCGCAGUGCAAGUGGUACUUUAUCUCGACCUUCAGAGAUUUCUGCAAGGAGUCGAAGCAGAAACCGCCGCCCACAGCAGCGCACCAUUGCGAGCCUGAAGGGACCAUGCAACGGUCUGCUGACAGGCUUGCCACCAUGACGAACGAUGAGCUCCGCAAGCUUCCGAAAGCCGAUCUCAAACUCCUUUGCGGCAAGUGCAAGGAGCCAAUCUUCGCCGACGAAAGCAAACGCCAAGACCGAGCGUCUGCUGCCUCGAAUCCACCGACUCCAGAUGGCUUUGAUGCAUUUGGCAGUCUGUUCGGCGCGAGUACCGCGGCAGUCUUUCAGCCGGUCCUUCCGAGUGAUUCAGCUUCCGACGAGCCAGCGCGAGACCCUGCGAGUGAUUUGGCUUCAAGUGAGAACGAUGGCGGCGUGGCCAUGCUCGGUCGCGUGCUCGCCGACUCGGAAAACGACCCGGACGUGCUUUGGAACUCUCUGCACUCGGAAAACGACCCGGACGUGCUUUGGAACUCUCUGCUCGCCCAGCUGACAACCCCCUCCUCCUCGUCCUCGUCCUCCUGCUCGUUUGAUCGCAAGAAUCGGGUCUUGUUUUGGACCACGUAUGUCAAGAUGGUCCGCGGCCACGACUUGAUGCCGAAAGCUGGGGACUUCAUGGGCAGUCUCGACCGCGAAGAUCUUGAUCCCCACGUCCAAGACCUGCUCAACCAAACUGAGCAGGCUGUUCUUGCCUGCCUCCCAGCAGAGGCUGUUUCUGAGUGA